UCCGGACAAUGCAUGUCAAAGGCGAGAGGCUUCCGACUCCUUGUUGUUUGUCGAUACUCUGCCGCACCGAACGUCCCGAGGCUUCCUGCUCAGUGUAGGUUUUUGCCGUCCUACCCCGCCCAUGUCACAUGGCUCUCCUCGUCUGCGGAGGGUACGGAGAGUGAUCACGAGGAGACGUGUGUCGUGGCGACUCUUGGAGUAUAGGUAUAUCUUCCACUAGUAUUACUUGUUACUUUCGUUCUCCCAGUAAACCCUAUAUCCCUCUUCAAUCCCGUAGACAUGGCGAGUAUCCCAGAUUUCGACAGCCUGCCGAAGGUGGAGGGCAUGCCGCCAGGCUGCGCCUGGGGCGUCUUCGACAAGGACGGGAAGAAAGACGUGUACGGUACUCUCAAUCUCCUUACUCCGGAUGUGGUCAAGGCCGCCUACUCCGAACUCAAAGAUGGUGUAUCUGUCUCAAUGAACUGGCCCAUUGGCGCCAUCAAGACACCUGGCUUCGGCCGCAAGGGCCUUGUUCACAAUGUUAUCAACUUCAUGGACACGCCGCUGCCAUUGCAUGGAUACGAUGACGAGCUUGAGUUCAACACGCAAUGUUCAAGCCAAUGGGAUAGUCUGUGCCACUUCCAUCAUCAGCCCAGCCAGUCCGGAUAUAAUGGAACUAAGACGAAGAUAGCCGAGCUCAAGCAGGAGUAUGGUGACGAAGACCUCGAUCAGAAGCUACCCACACUAAACCACUGGCACAAGCGCGGCGGUCUGGUCGCUCGAGGGGUCUUCAUCGACUUCAAAAGAUGGGCUGACGAGCAAGGCCGCAAGUUCAACCCGUUCGAUAGUGACCGAAUCACUGUCGAUGACAUCGAGGCCGUUGCUAAGCACCAGGGCGUCAUCUUCAAGCCUGGCGAUGUGAUCAUCAUCCGCUCGGGCUUCACUGAAGGACUGACCGGUAUCAGUGCUGAGAAGCAGGGUGAGCUUAUGGGCUCGCACCGCACCUGUGGCGUGACAGGCAACGCCGAGACCGCCAAGUGGUUCUGGAACAAGCAUUUCGCUGCCGUUGCGGGUGACAUGAUCGCGUUCGAGCAUAUCCCUGCGAUUGAUCCCGAGACCGGAAAGGAGACAGAUAUCUCUGGGCUGGUUUUGCACCAGUACUUCUUGGCUCUGUUCGGCAUGCCCAUCGGCGAGCUGUGGGAUUUGAAGGCUUUGAGCGAGAUGUGUGCGAAGCUGAAGAGGUAUACGUUCUUGUUGACGAGCUCACCGCUGAACGUCCCAGGUAGCAUAGGCAGUCCGCCUAAUGCUUUGGCGGUCUUCUAGGUCAGCGGUUGAUUUGGCCAUGCGUCAAUUUUCGGUAUUAUAACACAAUGAUGACUUGGGAACUUCAGGCUUUCCUGUUGCCACCACACAUGGUUACCAGCGACUGCUCCCACGCCAUUUCCUACUGACUGCAUGUACAUAUACCGAAUCGAUUGCUUCUCGUCUACCAUUUGUAACAGCCUUCCU